AGCGUCUGCUGGCGGAAAAGCAUGAUGGCAUGCAGGACUGUUGCAGCGUUAGUUAAUACAACAUGCCUGUGUAACAGUAAAGUCUGCACAGAAGCUGCUAAUUAAUUUGCUGUUAGCAAUUGUAUGAAUCAGUAAGUUUGCAGUGAGCAGCUGAGAUGAAGACACUCAUUGUAGGAGUUGGAGGGAUGACCAAUGGAGGAAAAUCGACUCUUUCCAAGAGUCUACAGCAGCAGAUACCAAACAGCUGCAUCAUCGCACAGGAUUCAUAUUUUAAGGAUGAUUCAGUUGUACCAGUGGACAGCAACGGUUUCAAGCAGUAUGACACGCUCGAUGCUCUCCACAUGGACACAAUGAUGACCGAGGUCAACUCGUGGAGACAAGACCCUGAGUCAUUCCUGAGGCAGCGAGACCUGAACUCUGAGCAUAAAACGCUCGAUAAGGAUGUGUGUGUGCUGAUAGUGGAAGGCUUCCUCAUUUUCAACUACAGACCUCUGAAUGAGCUUUUUGACAAAAGAUAUUUCAUGGAAAUACCUUAUGAUGUCUGCAAGAAGAGACGAAGUUCGAGGACAUACGAGCCUCCUGAUCCUCCAGGUUACUUUGAUGGACACGUGUGGCCGAUGUAUCUACAAUAUCGCAGAGAGAUGGAGAACAUCACGUCGGACAUUGUAUUUCUUGAUGGUUUGAAGCCAAGAGAAGAGCUGCUGGCUGCCGUGUAUAAAGAUGUAGUUUAUGAAAUAGAAAGACUCAGGGGUGUUUUAACUCAGAUAGUUUCAGAUGAUGUCAUGAAGCCAUUCGGCAGGACUUACAUACCUGCCGCCUACGUCAAAUACCUGGAGUCUGGGGGCAGCAGGGUGAUGCCAAUCAGACUGACUCUCACUACUGCAGAAUAUGAAAACAUCUUCAAGAAGAUAAAUGGCCUGCUUUUCAUCGGUGGAGCUGUGAAUCUGGAGACUUCAGACUUUGCCAGGGUGGCGAAGAUUUUCUACCGACUCGCUCUGAUGGCUAAUGAUGCUGGGGAUUACUUCCCCAUCUGGGGCACAUGUAUGGGCCUGCAGCUCCUCACUGUUCUGGUGGCCGAUGAAAAUCUGCUGACUAACACUUUAGCUGAGAACAUAGCUUUGCCCCUCAACUUGACCACAGAAGCUCACUCCAGUAGGAUGUUUGAAGGUUUCCCCGACAAGCUCAUGACGGCUUUGACCCAAGAGCCUCUGACUGGGAAUUUUCACCACUAUGGAGUCACAGUGCAGAGCUUUCAGGAAAACAAGAAGUUGAACAGUUUCUUCUCCCUCCUGUCUACGAACGUUGCUGAGAAUGGAGCCCACUUUAUCUCGACCAUAGAAGGGAAAAGAUAUCCAUUCUACGGAGUGCAGUGGCAUCCAGAGGUGAACCGUUUUCAGUGGGACAGAAAGGAGAAUUAUCCUCACUCUGCUCACGCUGUUCAGUUAUCGUCGCUGCUCGCUGAGUUUUUUGUUGAUGAAGGGAGGAGAAGUUUACAUCGGUUUGACAAUCCGGAGGAAGAGGCCUCGUCCUUGAUUUACAACUACACGCCGGUCUACGCUGGAAACUUCACAGCAUAUGAGCAGAUUUAUUUCUUCUGAGAUCCUCCAGUAGCUGAAUGUGUGUCUCUGUGAAUGUAGAACGCAACACUUCAUAUACACACCACAGCUGUGUAUGUGUGCUGAUUCAGAGUGCAUUUUUAUUACAAUGACAAAUGCAUUUAAGGUUUUAGAAUGGAGUAGAAUGUCCUUUGGUGUCCCACAAGGGGAAAUUUGCGACAUCACAGCAGCAAAGUGACAGUAAGGAAAGCAAGAAAACACAACUAUGAAUUAAAAAGGUGAGAUAUACGAACUAUACAAUACAAAUAAGAUUUCUUUUAAACAAUUUAACAGAAUCACCUUGCCUUUAAUGUCGAGUUUCUGGUAUUAAGCUGCACAUUACCAAGAAGGCAGAUUUUUGUCAUUUUGAAUGUGAAUGCGUUUUCAAUAGAACAUCUAGACUGACUUUUAAGAAAACUAAGCUCAUGACCUUUGCACUUGGUGAAUAUUUCAUAUUCUGAUUCCUGUAUUUUUCACUUAAUGUAUGUAAAUUGUGCAUUUUUAAUUCAGUGAAAAAAUAAAGAAUUUGACAAAACCAUUUCA